AUGUCGGAUGUUGCAGCCCUUGAGGCAGAAGUCAAGGAAUUCAAGCUACAGCUUGAAACCGUUCAAUCGAGUUUGCAGGUAGAUCCAGACAACACGGAACUGCAGAGUCUUAAAACUGAACUGGAAGAACUCAUAAAUCUCACGGAAACAUCAAUCGCCGAACUCAAGCCGCUUGCUCCUCCGUCUGCUGCCAGACCCUCUCCCCCGCCAGCGAAGGAGAAAUGGUCAAAAGAGAACCACCCCGCUUAUCAAGCUGGGUAUCGCAAGCCCACUGCCGAAACUCCGGAGGAAACCCCUGCGCCGGUUACGUUCUCCGUCAAUGACCACGUCCUCGCACGAUGGGUUUCGGGCGAUAACUCUUUCUAUCCUGCGCGCAUCACCUCGAUAACAGGCUCAUCUGCCAACCCUGUCUACUUGGUCUCGUUCAAGUCGUACGGAACGGUGGAAUCUCUGACAGCCAAAGACAUCAAGCCCAUCUCCAACGCUGAUUCGCGGAAACGUAAGGCUGAUGGAAGCUCAGGCUACUCUUCAUCCCAGACUCCAACCCCACAACCCCUUCAUUCCAGUGUCAUCUCGGCCGCGGCGGAUAUCAACCCUGCAUUGGCAAAUCAGGCGCGCAAAGAGCCUAGCAAGGUCGGCGACGAGUCUGCACGCCCUUCGAAGGUGGCCCGAAAAGUCAAGGCUACUCGCGAGCUUGAGGCCGGUAAGAUGAAGUGGAAGGAUUUCGCUAGCAAGAGCAAGCUGGGCCGGAAAGAGAGCAUGUUUCGGACAGGAGAGGGGGUUAAUGCCCGGGUGGGCUUUACUGGCUCCGGUCAACAGAUGCGCAAAGAUCCGUCCAGGGCACGCCAUGUGUAUCAGCAAGCAGAUGAGGACGCCUACUAG